CCUCCUCCUCCUCUCCCGCUAGUCCUCGCCGCCGCCGGCCCGCCGCCUGCUCCGCUCCUCGCAGGCUCCCGGACCCGCAGCCAUGGCCGACAUCAAGACGGGCAUUUUCGCCAAGAACGUGCAGAAGCGACUCAACCGCGCGCAGGAAAAGGUCCUUCAGAAGCUUGGGAAAGCUGAUGAGACAAAAGAUGAACAGUUUGAAGAAUAUGUCCAGAACUUCAAACGGCAAGAGGCGGAGGGUACCAGGCUUCAGCGAGAACUCCGGGGAUAUUUAGCAGCUAUCAAAGGCAUGCAAGAAGCCUCGAUGAAGCUCACUGAGUCACUGCAUGAAGUCUACGAGCCUGACUGGUAUGGGCGGGAAGAUGUGAAGAUGGUUGGCGAGAAAUGUGAUGUCCUAUGGGAAGACUUUCAUCAAAAACUAGUGGAUGGGUCCUUGCUGACACUGGAUACCUAUCUGGGCCAAUUUCCUGACAUAAAGAAUCGCAUUGCAAAGCGCAGCAGGAAGCUGGUGGACUAUGACAGUGCUCGCCACCAUCUGGAAGCUUUGCAGAGCUCCAAGAGGAAGGAUGAAAGUCGAAUCUCUAAGGCAGAAGAGGAAUUUCAGAAAGCACAGAAAGUGUUUGAAGAGUUUAACGUUGACUUACAAGAAGAGUUACCAUCGUUAUGGUCAAGACGAGUUGGGUUUUACGUCAACACUUUCAAAAAUGUUUCCAGCCUCGAGGCCAAGUUUCAUAAGGAAAUCGCAGUGCUUUGCCACAAAUUGUAUGAAGUGAUGACGAAGCUGGGUGACCAGCACGCUGACAAGGCCUUCACCAUUCAAGGAGCUCCCAGCGAUUCUGGUCCUCUCCGCAUCGCAAAGACACCCUCACCACCCGAGGAGCCUUCACCCAUCCCGAGCCCGACAGCUAGUCCCAAUCACACGCUGACACCUGCGUCUCCUGCACCAGCAAGGCCUAGGUCACCUUCACAGACAAGGAAGGGGCCUCCCGUCCCACCUCUGCCUAAAGUCACCCCAACAAAGGAACUCCAGCAGGAGAACAUCAUCAGUUUCUUCGAGGACAACUUUGUUCCGGAAAUCAGUGUGUCGACACCUUCACAGAACGAAGCCCCUGAGGUGAAGAAAGAGGAGACAUUGUUGGAUCUGGACUUCGACCCUUUCAAGCCUGAGGUGGCACCUGCAGGUUCUGCCGGAGUGACCCACUCCCCCAUGUCGCAGACAUUGCCCUGGGACCUAUGGACGACAAGCACUGAUUUGGUACAGCCGGGUUCUGGUGGUACAUUUAAUGGAUUCACCCAGCCCCAGGACACUUCAUUAUUCACAGUGCAGACAGACCAGAACAUGAUCUGUAACUUGGCUGAAUCUGAACAGGCUCCACCCACAGAGCCGAAAGCAGAGGAGGCCCCCGUUGCUGCCGCACCUGCCGUUGGGCUGGACUCUGGACUGGACACCCAGGCUGAGGAGCCAGUGGAGGGGGCAGUGGUCAUACCUGGAACGGACGCCGAUGUGGCUGUUGGAACCGUGGUGUCAGCCGCCGAGGAGGCCCCAGUGGAGGAAGCAGAGAUGGAGAAGGCAGCUCUUCCUGCUGGGGAAAGAGCAGGCGGAGAGGAGGCCAGGACUGAUGCUGAUACCACACAGGCUGUAGAUAGUGACCGAUCUCAACCGGAAGAACCAGAAGCAGCAGCCCCUCAGGAGAAGGUCAUCCCUUCAGUCGUCAUAGAGCCCGCCUCCAACAAUGAAGGGGAAGGAGACCACGAAGCCCCCGCAGGUGAAGAGUCGGUGGAGACCCCCGAUGCCGCGGCUCUUCCGGGCCCCGCCGGUGAGCUGCCAGAGCUGCCUGCAGAGCCCGAGGUGGGCCAGGACUCCCAGCCACUGCCCUCCGCUCCAUCUGCAAGCGAGGCGGCUCAGGAAGUGCCUCCCGGCUUCCUCUACAAGGUGGAAACACUGCAUGAUUUUGAAGCAGCAAAUUCUGAUGAACUUACCUUACAAAGGGGUGACGUGGUGUUGGUGGUCCCCUCAGAUUCAGAAGCUGACCAGGAUGCAGGCUGGCUGGUAGGAGUGAAGGAAUCAGACUGGCUUCAGUACAGAGACCUUGCCACCUACAAAGGCCUCUUUCCAGAGAACUUCACCCGGCGCCUGGAUUAG